AUGAGUGCAGAGCCGUGGAAGCAGCAUGGAGUCAUGGACCACCGACAUGCCGGCUUUUUACCAACGGCUUUCUCGUUUACUAUGUUGAUCCGCAUUCAUGGAACAGCCUCCUUGACAGAGAUGUAUGUGCGCAGAGUAACCGUGGAGAUUGUCCUUGUGUUUCUAAGGACGCGGGUACUGAGGUGGCUUCAAUUUACUUUCAUCCAUCGCCUGGCAACCAAACGUCUUGAUUAUUCCUCCAUUCACCUUAUCAUGGGGCUGGAGUUGCGGAAUCCCUGCACAGCAGACAUAUGGACUUACUGCACGGAUACUAAUUAUGCUCCUACUUGUCAGGUUGAACCCAAAGAUAUAAAGAAACUCACCUCUCUUGAACCACUUUCCAUAGGUUUUUCCAUUCGUAUUCCGUACACCAACGUAUCGCAUCCUACCAGUACCAUGGUUGUCAAGUUGAAUACCAAGAACAAGUUAGCCAAACUCUUCGACCACGACGUUAGCGGCUACGUUAAAACCGCUCUUGACGUCGUUGAGCAGAUCAAAAGCAGCAGCAACUACAUCGACCUCAAGAGUGACGACCCAGUCGUUCAUGAAAGUCUCGCCCCAUCUUUCGGCAAUAUCGAUAAUGCUGGAAAGUCGGUCAAGGAUCUUGACGAUAAGAUGAAGCUCAUGAUUGCAAUCUCGAUGAAGAAACUUCUUGAACUCAAGAAUAAGAACGCCCUUUCCUGGAACGAUAUCCAAGGAUGCUUCAACCAAAAUCCGAGUCUGGUCGCUGAGAGCAGCCCUAAGGAGAUAGUGAAGGAGUUUACCACCGAGAGUUCGUCCGAUUUCAAGUUCGAUGGGUCUCCCGAUCCCAACCUCGUUCAGAAGGUCAUGGUGUGGUGGGAAGGCCAGGCCUGUCCUGAUCCGGAUAUCAGGAAUGACUCGAAACUCGAUAUUGAUUCGCUCGCCAAGGUUGUUGCAUGGUCUGGUGCGACGAUUACUGAUUUUUGGAACGUCUGGUCGAAGCACGAACGCCACGAACGUACCUUGCUUGAAGUCGGAGUUAUGAGGUACCCAACCAUUGCCCAUCCCUACUUCAAGAUCUACAGGAUCAAACUCCUGGCUUGGUCUGACUGCACCCGUACCGUGUGGCACCAGGAGGAUAAGAACGGUAUCAAGUCGACCGUCACGUCUCAAAUAUUCAGACCUAACAAUGAGGUUCUCGACCAAGUCAAGAAGGAGACAAUGCAGAAAGCCGUGACGGAGAUUGACGAUUUGUUUUCCUAG